AUGGAAAAGCUACUAGCCAAACUUUCUCCCAAACCUCAGUCAACCGGUGGCAAGAAUUGCGUAAACUUGGAGAUUUCCACGAAAUUACCUGAGCAGCAAGGUUUGUUUGAGAAACAAAGACGGAUUCUUGCCAGUAAUAGCGAAGCCACAGAGACUCAUAUAGAAACCACCAAAUACUGUAGCGUGCUACCUACUACUUCGACAUUCGAGUCACUUGAUGUUUCUGCUCUGGUAGAUGCUGAGAAACCCGACGCAACCCAUGCUGGAACCUCGGAAGUGCUUCGCUUGAAGCAAGAGCUUUAUGUGGCUAACUCUAAGCUUGCCCUUCAGGAACAAGAGUUGGCACAGACUCGGGUGAUCAAACACACGUUGGAUCAAGCCCUCGGUCCUCCAUCUGAAGCUGACUUUAACGGCCGCGAGAUAACCGAACAAACUAUUAGCCACUUGCAGAACGCUUUCAAUGAGUCCAAUCCGUCAUUCAGCCAGCUUCAAGAUGGCUGGAGCGGGCAAGAGGAUUCCCAGUCGGAUAUCUCAGACGCACUCUCGGCUGGGGCCUUUAACAGGGCCCGAGGAAUUUGGGUCCCCCCGACACAACAAGUACUUGGUAUGAGUGCCAACGCUCCGAAUUCUGACGGGGAUACGUUCUCGUUGCCUGGCAGUUCAUUGGUUCAAGCACCAAACAGGCCAUGGGGUAGCUCAAUCCAAACACCCAACGUUCCUGGGCAUAGCUCUCUUCAAUCACGUCGAGUUUUCUCUAGUUCGUCAGGGAUUAGCAAUCUAGAUACACGGUUUGCGGGGGAACAAGCACGAUAUCUUCAAGGAACAAAUAUUGGGCCACGUCGGUCUAUCGCCCAAUCUAAUCGCGGUGGAUCGUGUUUCUCACCUCACAACUCCGCUUGGGGAGCAUUCGCUGCCGGUUCUCCCAGUAGCCAUGUUCCUAGGUCACCGACUAGCCGACAGAGUAGCACUUACCAGCCAAUUGGUCUAUAUCAGGUUCCCACAUAUCAUCAACAGCCUGCUGCAACUGCUCUCUCUCCAACGGCAGCGGAGUUCACUUCUACCAAUUCUGCCAUGGUGCCGUGGGGGGCCACAACACAAAAGCUGAAAGUUGGAUCAGUCGAACAGAAAUAUGAAAUUAUAGAGGCCAUUGUACGCCAGGCUUAUCCUCUCAUGAUCAAUCGCUUUGGGAACUUUCUUGUUCAACGUUGUUUCGAACAUGGAACUUCCGAACAGAUUAUUGCCAUCGCUAAUGCAAUAAAAGGAAACACAUUGAGUCUUAGCAUGGACCCAUUUGGAUGUCAUGUCAUUCAAAAAGCCUUUGACUGUGUUCCCGAAGAACACAAGGCCAUCAUGGUUCAUGAGCUGUUACGCAGAAUUCCUGAAACCGUGAUACAUCGGUAUGCAUGUCAUGUCUGGCAGAAGCUUUUUGAGUUGCGUUGGAGCGGGGAGCCUCCGCAAAUUAUGGUUAAGGUCAAUGAGGCACUGCAUGGAAUGUGGCAUGAAGUCGCUCUUGGUGAAACUGGAAGCCUUGUAGUCCAGAACAUUUUCGAAAAUUGCGUGGAGGAUGAGAAGGGGGCUCCGAGUUUCUCGACCGCUAUCUUGCAAGAGUGCCGGGGCAACAUGGAGGGCGAUUUAGUCGCGGAAACCAAUGGAACCCUGCAUACCCACCAUUUCGCUGAAGCCGAUCAAAUGCGUUUAGAGGAAGGGCACAUGUAA